CUGACUACCUAAUAUUUUGGUGUCUGCUCUUUGCUGUCUAAAUUGAGUUGGAAAUUUUUUUCUCCGCCAAGUUUCCGAGGGCCCUGUAUGUAUUUCUACUUGCAACAUGAGGCCGCUGCUGUUUGGGAUUCUGCCAAUCAAGGAGAACUCUUUUGGCUCUCUAUCUAGUGUAACUGUUGCACUCUGUCUUUUAACCCUCCUCCUGAUGGUUAUCUGGGGUCAAAAGAGUAAGAGAUCCUUCUUCCACUUCCAUCUUGACUCCCAGCUGGACCACACAAAAUAUCCCCCACCUCCUGGCCCCAAACCGUGGCCCCUUGUCGGGAAUCUGCUCCAGGUCGGGGAUCAGAUUCAUCUCUCUCUAACUGGGUUGAGGCUUCAGUAUGGAGACAUCUUCAAGCUCCGCCUUGGCUCUUUGACUGUUGUCGUUCUGAGUGGGUACAACACCAUCAGGCAGGCUCUGGUUCGACACGGGGAAGCUUUUGCGGGGCGACCUAACCUUUUCAUCUUCUCUGCUAUAGCCAAUGGGACCAGCAUGACUUUCAAUGAGAACUACGGACCUGUGUGGCUGCUCCAUAAGAAGCUGUGUAAGAAUGCCCUCAGGUCUUUCUCCCAGGCUGAGCCAAGGGGUUUUGGUGCCACCUGCCUCUUAGAGGAGCACAUAUGUGCAGAGGCUGCAGGGAUGGUGCAGGUGAUUCGAGAAAAAGCUGCAAAAGAAGAAACAGAGGGUAUAGACCCAGCAACGACCUUGGUAACCUCAGUGGCAAAUGUCAUUUGUGCGCUUUGUUUUGGGAAACGGUAUGACUACAGUGAUAAGGAGUUUCUCACUAUUGUUGAUGUCAACAACGAGGUCCUGAAGCUCUUUGCAGCGGGGAACCUGGCUGAUUUUUUCCCUGUGUUUCGCUACUUUCCGAGUCCAUCUCUGAGAAAGAUAGUCCAGUACGUUCGCAGGAUGAACAGAUUCAUGGAGCGGAACAUUGAGGAACACAUUGACACCUUUGAUAAGAACCGUAUCCGGGACAUUACAGACGCUCUAAUUGCACUUUGUGAAGAAAGAGAAGAAAGCAAGGAUACUUCGAUGCUCUCUAACGACCAGAUCAUUCACACUGUCAUAGACAUCUUUGGAGCAGGAUUCGACACCAUCAUCGCUGGUUUGCAGUGGAGCCUGUUGUACCUCAUCAAGUUUCCUGACAUCCAGGAUAAAAUAAACCAGGAAAUAGAUGAGCAUAUCGGCAAACUCCAGCUGCCCAGGUUUUCCAACAAAGCCAAGAUGCCUUUCACAGAGGCCUUCAUAUAUGAAGUGUUUCGUCAUGCUUCAUAUGUCCCUUUUACCAUACCACACUGCACCACGAGAGACAUCACAUUUAAUGGGUAUUUCAUUCCCAAAGACACAUGCGUCUUCAUUAAUCAAUAUCAAGUCAACCAUGAUACUGAUCUUUGGGGCGAUCCUGAGACAUUUCGUCCACAGCGUUUCUUGAAUCCAUGUGGACUCCUGAACAAAGAGCUGACAGAGAAAGUCCAGAUCUUCGGCAUGGGAAAAAGACGCUGUCUUGGCGAUGAAUUUGCACGUUUGGAGAUGUUUGUGUUUCUUACCACGCUUCUUCAUGGGCUACGUAUUGAAAAUGUUCCAGGGCAGGAGCUGGAUCUCAGCACUGAUUUUGGUCUAACUAUGAAACCACGUCCAUAUAGGAUUACCAUUUCCCAGAGAUUUUAGACUGUCUGAAAACUCAAAUGAUGAUCUUUCGGAUGUUUUGGAAUGUCACAGUGGAAAUUAAUUGUAGUUAUUACUAUUUUGUGCUCAGUUUGGCAAAUGUGGUCAAAGCACAGACACAAAGAUAAAUAUACACAAAGCGAACAUGAGGUCAUUUUACAGCAUUCAGUCCAUCUGCCUGCUACAUUAGUAUCUUAAGUGACUGGUCACAGUUUAAAACGGAGGAAUGAGGAUGAGUGUCACUGGCAGCAGGGUAAGCCACAAUGACUUCAUUAAUAGUUUUGUAAAUAGAAAUAGAAUAGACACUUUUAGCUGUUGUUAAACUUUUGUUUGUGAACAUUUGAUGAGUGCCUUCUUUUGGAAACUAUGAAGGACAGACUUCAGCUGAUAGCUCUUAAUGAACUGUUUCACCUGAAUAUUACAAGUUGAAUAACUUAUUCUUAUUGUAAAUACCUGACCUCUAUACGUCAUGUUGAGGUAAAAUAAUAUCACAUAAAAAAAAGUGUGCUAUAUAAACUACAAACAUACUAACAAAUAUUCAAAUUAUCUCAAAGCACUAAUACCACCAGGUUUAAGGCAGUUAUUGUUUAUAAUGUAUGCAUAAAAUGUUAACUUUUGGACUAUUUUUGAAAGAAAAAGUAGAGCUGAUGUUGGAAAUUGUUUUUUUUUAAAGCAUAUACAGCCUACAGUUAGCCUCUUUCUAUAGUAAUUAUAGAAAGAGUAAAACUGAGUCACAUAAAACAGCUGCAGACAGUGGCUUUGUAUAAAACAUGCAAUCUGAAAACAAUAAUGUGCCUGUGCUUGUGUGGUAAUGUUUACUGGCUUUCUGUCUGUACCUUCACACUGUUCUGAGUGACUCAUGGAUGAUGAUGGCAGUGAGGCUGACUCUGAAGUGAGUAGGGGAGGACUAGCUCAGAAGGGUGCCUCCAAAACACAAAAACGAAAAAAACAAUCUUAUCUACCUAGAUAGAUAUGUUAAGUACAGAAAACCAAGCUAUGGAAAUGUAUUAAGUAAAGUAGAAUGCAAGCAUUUUAACCCUAUUUUAA